AUGGCCACUAACCAUGCUGUCCAUCCACAGCAAUUGCCCCAGAUGGUGCGAAGACCUCGCUCAAUCUGGCCCGGAUUGGCAAGGAUCGGAAUGCUGCAGAAACAAAUAGCAGGAGAUGGGAACUGUCUUUUUGCGUCCCUGAGUGACCAAUUGUAUGGUACCCCAGACCGACACUUCGAGAUCCGCACCAAGGUCAUCGAGCACAUGCGCAACUUCAAACCCCUCUUCGAAUACCACGUACACAAGGACGAUGUUCAAGGACGCCGUAUGCUUCGAUCCGCGACAAAUGCUACUGCUCAAGAGUCUGUCGAUCCAUUCGAGGACUACUUGAUCCUGAUGGCUCGUCCGGGUACCUAUGGCGGAGAGCCGGAGCUUGUUGCGUUCUGUCAAUCAUACGACCAAGAUGUGAUGGUACAUCUCCCUAAGGACACCGGUCUACCCUCAGACCACCUAAAUUAUUCCAACGAACACAGAAUCAAGAAACCAGACCAAGAGGACCCUGUGUGUUUGCACAUCUGCUACGGUGGGGAUGAAGAGACUCGAGCACACUAUGACUCUGCAAGAACCAGAGACGGCUCGGUCCCACGCAAUGUCCCGAGUCCCCGUCUCAAAGCACAGGACUCUCGACGGAACUCGUCUGUCCCAAACGAAGCAUCUCCGCUCAGCGGCACUCCUACUGCGCGAGCUCUCAGAAACGCAGAUGGUGCCGAACUUUUCCAGGAGGUCAUGCAGAAGACCGAUGCCAGUCUAUUCAACCACCGGGCUCGCAGUACUUCUGUAUCAUCAUCACACCGCUCCUCAAGCUCUAAGAGAUCUCUCGAGGACGAUGGUGAUAAUCCUCGCCGGAAGCGUGCUGAUCGACGCAAGAGCACCCGCAAAAGAACUGAUAUGUCUACUGUCGCCUACAAAGAUGAGGAAGGCAACAUCCGUGUUCACUCACCAACCGACAACACACCGGCCAGCACUCAAGACACCGAAGUGUCUUAUGACGCUACCGACAAGUACAUCUCUGGUAGUGAUGAGGACGAGUACGAACCAAAGCAGCGGGACGACGAAGACGAUGGUAGCGACUAUGGUACCAAGUCAAGCCGCGUCGUGAAACGCAAGACCUUGAAGCCUUCGUCACGGAUUACUGCGAGCAACAAGUCGGUCACUCAGAACAACAACACCACCAUCAAGCUCGCUUUACGAACAUAG